AUGGGUUAACAAUUGAUUGAAUAUUUCCCUCUUAAUACUUUGAUGCUUAUUAAUGGUUCAUUCCCUAUGCCUGUGAUGAUCACCAAGAAGCAAUUCAAUGCACAUCACGAAAAGACUACUCCCACAAUCUAGUUGAAAAAGAAAAUAAGAAAAUUUUAUCAUAAGAGACAUUUCUUGUUCAAGAAAUUUGAUGAAGGGAUUGUUUUAGAUGAAGAAUCUUGGUAUUCUGUUGUACCUGAAGAAGUUGCCUCUUAUGUUGCUGAACGAUUACACAAAAGAAUUAUUGAUCAAAAAAUCCCCAUAAAAUAAGUUAUUGAUGGGUUCUGUGGUUCUGGGGGAUUAGCCAUUUAAUUAGCUUCAAAAUUUGACAAUCUACUUUGCAUCGAUCUCGAUCCUGUGAAAUUACAAAAUUUACAAGCGAAUGCUGCGAUUUACCAAAGGACAAUAGAGACUCAAUUAAAUAAUUUUUUAAUGAUUGAACAUGAAUUCGAUGAGAACAUCAUUCUAACUCUAUGUCCACCUUGGGGUGGAUUGAAUUAUUUUAAGAAAGAGGUUUACGAUCUUGAAAAAGACAUGACUCCUUGUUUAUCUGAUAUUUUGAAGAAAGCCUUUUCUAUUAGUUGUAAUAUUGUACUUCAAUUACCGAAGAAUGUUUCAAUCUCAUAACUCACUACCUUAAUUCAAUAAUAAUCUUAACAUUUAAACUUUAAACGCUAUUCUCUUGAAAUAGAAAUGAUUUAUAUUAAUGAUUAAAUAAAUAGUCAAGUGCAACUAUGA